CAUAAAAGCAGGAGCAAAUAUUUGCACUAUGACAAAUUCAGUCCGACAUGAUUAUGAAGGCGAAGAUAAGUUAUUAUGUGCUCUGCUGUACAACAACGAUCUGUGCAUUGUAUGUCCGUCGUUAUCCAUCAUUUUGAGUGCCCAAAACGAGUCAUCAUGGAACUUUACAAACGGAUAACUAUCUUCGCGAUAAUAUACACAGGAGUUUGUUUGGCUGUUGGUCCAGAUUGGUCAUGUGACUUUGAAGAGGACAAUUGUGGAAUCAUUGACGAGGAAGGGAGCUGGACAAUCUACAAUGGGGCUCUAAAGGCGAAUGUGUCUACAAGCAGUUCGGGUGACAUGUUCAUAUUCUCCAUCCCGCACACUUUCACAUUACCUCGAGGGAAUGUAUCGUUUGUAUACGUCUUUGGGGGUUCUGAUUCAUCUAUGUCGGUCAAGGUCUGCAGGGAAGCAAGUGAACAUGCAUUUACAACUGAUGGUAUGGGGAGUUCAACGACCGUUACUGAAGUCGUCCCUUACUCAUGUGCAAGCAAAAUGGACGUUGAGAUUACAUUUAUUGUCAGAAGGGGCAGUGUACCUCCUUUGAUUAUAGUAGACAGCAUUCAAAUAUAUGAAACACCAUAUGUAGAUCCGCUUGUAACAAAACAACCCUCUACUGAAUCAACCAGCACUAACUUCCUGUUCAAAGCACACACCCCUACUAGCUACACAGGUAAUUCAACCACUUCCUUAGAAUGUAAAUGUCAUUUUCGUUAUUAG